GCAGCUGCGGAAUCCGGAGUCCUACAACAAAUACUGGGCGUGUUUGUCAUUUUUAUCCCGUGUGUUACUUUAUGCGAGUUUGCAUAAAUCAAGUCAGGUCUCAUAAGUAUAGCAACGUAUUUUGGAAAUGUGUGGUUAGCGUAGAAAAAUGUUGUUGCUAAAUAUAUGAGUUUGCAAAUGUAGAUCUCACAAAUACAGCAACGAAAGUAGUUUAGCGUAGAAUAUAAACUAAUACAUGAUGAAAAUAAGGUUGUAUUUCGUGACCAAUUUGAUUUGUGCUUGUUUGGUAAUGUAUCAAAAUGCGGCGUUUGAGUCCCGCACGUUCUCUAUAGACUACAAGAAUGACUGUUUUUUGAAAGACGGGAGGCCCUUCCAGUAUAUCUCUGGCAGCAUCCACUAUUUUCGCAUUCCGCGUUUCUACUGGAAAGACCGGCUGCUGAAGAUGUAUAUGACAGGACUCAAUGCAGUCCAGAUAUAUGUACCCUGGAACUUUCACGAGGCCAUGCCGGGCGUGUACAACUUCUCAGGGGAUCGGGACCUCGAGCACUUCCUGGACCUGGCCAAUCAGACGGGUCUGUAUGUGAUCCUGCGCCCUGGACCCUACAUCUGUGCAGAGUGGGAAAUGGGUGGUUUACCGGCCUGGCUCCUGCAAAAUCCCAAUAUCGUGCUGCGCUCUACGGACCCAGACUAUUUGCAGGCCGUGGACAGCUGGAUGGCUGUACUCUUACCCAAGGUGAGGCCGUGGCUGUACAGCAAGGGAGGGAACAUCCUCAGCGUUCAGGUGGAGAAUGAGUACGGCAGUUACUUUACCUGUGACUACAACUACCUGCGGCACCUGCACAACCUCUUCCGGGUCUUCCUUGGGGAAGACACGGUCCUGUUCACUACCGAUGGGAACACGGACAAGGAAAUGGCUUGUGGAACGCUGCAGGGUCUGUACGCCACCAUCGACUUCGGAACAGACACCAAUGCCAGUGCCGCCUUUGACCGCCAGCGCAGGUUUGAGCCACAGGGUCCAUUGGUAAACUCCGAGUUCUAUGCUGGCUGGUUAGACCACUGGGGUGACCAGCAUGCCCAGGUUGACACCAACAAAGUUGCCGGAAUGCUGGAGGAGAUGCUGUCUAUGGGUGCCAACGUCAAUAUGUACAUGUUUGAAGGUGGAACAAACUUUGGCUACUGGAAUGGAGCCGAUCACGAUACAAGAUACCGGCCAGUGGUCACCAGCUACGACUAUGACGCUCCUCUCUCAGAGGCAGGGGACCCCACCGACAAGCUACUGGCCAUCAAGGAAAUCAUAAAGAGGUUCCGAGCAGUACCAGAGGGUCCCAUGCCGCCACCCACACCAAAGUUUGCCUAUGGCUUUGUCACCUUAAAAAAGGUGGGCAGGAUGAGCAGCCUGCUGGACACCAUCUCACCCCAGGGUCCUAUCUUGUCUCCAAAUCUGAAGACAUUUGAGGAGAUAAAGCAGUAUUAUGGCUACAUGCUGUAUCGCACCAAGUUGCCCAAAAUGCUGUAUGAUAAAACCCCCCUCAUCUCCCCUCUGAAUGGAGUCCAUGACCGGGCGUACGUCUCCGUCAAUGGGGUGUACCAGGGCCUCCUGGAGCGAGAUACUACAUUGGCUGUCAAUGUAACAGGGAAGCAGGGGGACCAGCUGGACAUUGUGGUGGAGAACAUGGGUCGGGUCAACUUUGGCAGCAAGAUCAAUGACUACAAGGGCUUGGUGAGCAAUCUCUUCCUCGGCAGUGAUGUGCUCACUGAUUGGCAGAUAUAUUCCCUGGACAUUGAUGAAGUCAUAGCAAGUGGGUGGCCACAUUUAGGGGGACCGGACCUCAGUCUUGAGCCAGAGAGUGAAGCUUUUGAAGGGCCAGUUUUCUAUAUGGGGACCUUGGAGCCAAAGGGUUUGGCCUGGGAUACUUUUCUUAAGCUCAGAGGAUGGACCAAGGGCCACGUCUGGAUCAAUGGAGUGAAUUUGGGCAGAUACUGGCCUCAGAGAGGCCCACAGCAAACUCUCUUUGUUCCUGGGCCCUUGCUCAGUGGCUCACAGCCAAACAACAUCACCGUUUUGGAGCUGGAGCAAGCGUCAGCUGACACCAGAGUCCUGUUCAUGGAUCGGGCCCAGCUGAACACUGCCACAGGGGGAUCGUGAUGGCCGUGCAGUCAUGCCAAGCUUCGUGGAAUGUCUUGCCAUAUCAUUAGAUGUAAUCUGAUUACUUGAAUGUGUAACUUUUGCACUCAGGUCUGACAUUGUCUGUGCCUCAAAGAGCCUUAUAUUACUGAGUAUAUUUUCUUGUCUUGUAUAAAUAUCCCAGUAUCAUACCUGCAGAAACGAUAUAAAUUGUAUUGAUUGCAGUUGUUUCUUGGCUGAACUGUUGCUCUAAUACAGAGUGUGUCGUGCUUACAGUGUUUCUGCUGAAGUUAGUGAUUGAAGAUUAAUAAAUUAAUCAUCUUCGUGCUUGGAAAUAAAUUUAUUUUGAACAUUUUAA